UGUCUCAUCAUAUGUAAGUAAGGGUCAUUGGAACUAUUUUUAAUGUGAUCCUUCACAUAUAAAUGCCUGUUCAUAUCCAGAUCAUCUAAAAACGAGGCUUCAGAGGAAGUCAAGAAUAUCCGACACUCCGUUCUUCCUGGCCCUACUGAUAAAGUUGAAAAAUGAAAGUGAUGAUUGUGAUGGCUUUCCUUGUGCUCACAGCUCACUCUGUAGCAGUGUCAAGAUCGCCUGGCAAGAUCAUUCUCUGCUAUCCUUUCUUAAACUGGAAGCCAUGCCAGAGGCUCUGUGAAUUCUUAAAACUCUGUAAGAAACCACGAAUGAACAGAACAACUACCAUGGUCCCAUCAUUUCCACCCACAACAGAAACUGGCCUUUCUCUGACUAGUGGUUUUCCAGCUCCUCUUACGCCCCAUAGGCGGGGAGAUUCGAGAUAGUACAGUUCCUCACAGCCCAGAAGAACUUUCUACCCCAUGCAGUCUAUGCCAUAGCCAGAUCACAUGACCAGCUUACAGCUCCUGAGCCACCAUCAUGAUGCUGCAAUAAAAUGUUGAUAUCACACUGUUUGUUAUGAAA